AUGUUCACCAUAUACCUCUCCUGUCGACCAUUCUGGCAUUACUGGCAGAUCAAUCCCGAUCCCGGAAACUCGUGUCAAGCGGCGAUAUCGAAGCGUCUCAUCUGGGUCACAUUUGUCUUUAACGUAUCCACCGACGUGUAUCUGCUACUUAUACCAAUUCCCAUGUUAUGGAAGUCGAGAUUGAGGACAUACAAGAAGAUUGCCGCCAUGCUCGUACUUGGCGCUGGCAUGCUCGUUAUUGUGUGUGCGAUAUUGAAGAGCAUCUAUCUGAUCACGGACCCUCUGAACAGUGCUGAGCUCACCGCCUCUUGGGGUACUCGCGAGACCUUCAUCGCUAUAUUCACGACGAACCUCCCCAUGAUCUUCCCAUUGCUCAAGAACUGGCUAACGCCUUUCCUACCCAGUACGAUCGGCUCCAGCAACGCAAAAGGGCAAGAGCCUCCAGGCAGUGACUUCCAAACAAUUGGGGGCGGAUCCGGGCCAGGUGGAAAACGGGCUAGCCGAAGGACGCCGCACCGGGCGCGCCACACUUUCCGGGGCCUGACGCUUGACAAUGAGAGUGAGGAAGACAUGAUCAAAGGAGAUGAUGUGGCCAUGCAUCGCAUGCAGCGCGACAAUGUUGAAGCAGAUGGAAAGAAUACGAUCGUCGUGUGCAGCGAGGUCAGCGUGACAUCCGAAGAUCAUAGCGGUGUCUAG